UCCCAGUUAUACAGGGAACAAACUACAUCUCCCAGCAGGCCCUGCUCGUCCACACAUCUCUGGGCUGUCGCUGCUGGCUGCUGAGUAGUGGUGCGGGAGGCAAUUGGAGUUCCUAUAUCCCUUUGGUGGCACUUGUCACUUGUGCUGUGGGUAAAGCACCCGUCGGGAUGUCUGGUGACAUAGAGCAGUUGAAGCAGCAGCUGCUGGUGUCCCAGUUUGUACUGGCAGCGGGAUGUGCCACAGACCAGGCAGAGCAACUACUACGGGCAGCACAUUGGCAAUAUGAGACUGCUCUUAGCGCCUUCUUCCAGGAGUCAAGUCACCCGUAUAUUCCCCAUCACCAAAUGAUGGGCACGCCCGCCAACACUCCCGCCACCCCUCCAAACUUUCCAGAUGCUCUCACCAUGUUUUCCCGCUUAAAAGCCUCAGAAAGUGGAUACCUUUCUUCACUGGCCACGUCCCCACCUCUUCAGCAAGGUAUCAGUAGCGGCCAUUUUUCCCAUGACCCGAGGGGACAGCAAAUAGGUAUGGACAUGAGCUACUCCGGAGGAGCACAACACUCUAACGGCACUAGAGGUGCAGACUCGAACCCUGCAGCAGAGGCAGAGAGAUGAGGCACAAAAGACUGACGACUAACCAGGAAGGGGGCAGGCUGCGGCAUGUAGACUUUAUUUAGCCAGGCCUGCUGAAUGGCACAAAGACCUUCAGAGUAUUUGCUUUAUGGAGGCGACAGAUAUCUCACCAGAGCAAUACCACAGUGGGAGAGAUCUUUCCGAUAAUCUAUUACCUCACUUGCCUGCAGAGCAUCGCACCGCCUCCUGUAGAGACUUCACUAACACGCUCUGCAUGAUUCCACUGCAGAGCUGUCUGAACGUCAGCCAUAUGUCAUGCUGCAUUGUGUGCUAGUGCAGAGUUUCUAGACCUCUGAGAUUUUUUUUUUGUGGAACUUAACAAAAGCAGUAUAGGGAUAUGUCUUUGAUGUAAUUUAACCCUUUGAUGUCAUUUACUAAUGCGGACGUUCCUGUAGCGGUUUCAAGAGUUGACGACAAUAAAUAUUUUAAUCUUU